AUGUCUUUGAAUCGUACUCAAAGAGAGAAAUUUGUUUCAACACAUAUCUCUCACAAAUACAACCUUCUGCAUAUUUUGCCUGGCAUCGAACAAACGCAGUUGGCAGGACUUUACUUGAAAAGUUUCUACAACGGUGUCAAAAGGAAUCGACUGCACUUACCGGAGCCUCUGAUAAAUGGAACGAAAUUUUGCGAGAAAUGCGGACUGGUUCACAUUGCUGGUGUAAAUCUUGAAAUGGAAAUUGUCGAGAAGAGCGCAGAGAACAAUGAGAACAAAUCACGAAUCCUGCAGUACCGUUGCAAAUCAUGCGGUGAGGUAAAAGAAUUCCAGUGUGAGAACUCGAAAAGUGCGGAACGAGAGGCUCAGAAUGCUACGUCAGGGUUUGUCGCAAAAUGGCCCUCUGCCACUGACGCUGCGUCACACACAACUACAAAUUCCAAGGUGAAAAAGCUGCCGUCUGCGAAAGAAAGGGCCAAAAAGCGCAAGAUGAGCUCGCUUCUAAGCAUGCUCAACAAAAAGAAGGAAGCAAACUCUACUAAGAAGUCCCUGUCACUGAGUUUAGAGGACUUUCUACAAAAAAAUUGA